AUGCGUAUGUUUUAUAUACACAUUUCAACUUCUUUUCAGGCUAACGUUUUAUUUGUUUCUUCUAAGCUUAAUUUAUCACUUGAAGAAUCUAGAGAGCUACUUAAACAAUAUGUCUCAAAGAAUAAAGAUUAUUCUAUCUUAUAUAGUGUACAAUAUAAUAUCGAUGAAAGUAAUGUUAAUUUGUCUAUUUUGCCUCAGGAAGAUUUACAAGAGCUCUCUUCUAAGUACCCAGACCUCCAAUCUUCAGUAUAUGCCAUCCUGAGUUCUAAACAAAACUUAGAAGAUGUGUACCGGACCAUGUUUUUAAGUUGUUUUAAACUAUCUAAGGAGGAAAUGUUAAAGUGUAAAGAGACUAAUGAUUUGUAUAUUCCAGGGUUUGUAAAUUUAAGAAUAAGUAACAUUAAGGUGAGGAAUUUCGAGACCAGGUUUGGUUUAAAUUUUAAUAUCACAAUUAGUGUUCCCUCUAAAUCAAAUGUCAAAGUCCAAGAAAAGAAAGAACCUGUUAAAUUACAAGAAAAGAAAGAACCUGUUAAAUUACAAGAAAAGAAAGAACCUGUUGAAAUAAUUAAAACUAAAUAUAUAAAGUCUGAGUUGGAGGAAUAUAAGAUGGGCGUGGAAUCUGAAGAACACAAUGAAGUAAAUGAAGAACCAAUGGAACAGCCAUCAUUAUUUAAAGCUGACUCCUUUGAUGAACCUAUUGAAGUGGAAGUCUCUUCUAGUCCAGACACUAGUGAAAAGAAAAGAAAAGAAACUGAAACUAAUAAAAAGGAUAAGACUCAAUUUGGACAUAAAAGACAUAAACUGAACAAGAAAAAGAAUGAAACUGAUGUAAAAAUUGAAGAAAAAAUAACUAUUUAUGAACCGAAACCUGAUCUGGUAAAGAAAACUAAAUCACCCCAAACCAAGGUCCACAAGAAGAACAGUUAUAUGGAAAAUGGGUACUUUGUGGUGGAAGAAUCGGAUGAUUAUGUUGAAGUUAUCAAGGAUACUAAGCAAGAUGCUGAGAAUCAAUUAUCGUCUGACCAUAAUUCAAGGUCAAAUGCAUUGGAAGAUGGGGUAAAAAGUGACUUAAAUGGGAAAUUUAAUGAUACAAACAAAAGUUUAGACCCCAAAAAAUUAAACCAAGUUUCAAUCAUGUUAGUUUAA